CUCCCCUCAGCGCGUCUCCUCUCUCCCGGCAGAAAGUUAGCAGCGGGGAAGGAACUCGGGGCUGCAACAGCGCGCGGCGGCGGCGGCAGAGGCUGAAGCAGGAGCCUCAGCGGAGCCGGGGAAGCGGGGGCGCUGCAGACGGAGCAGGUGCCGCCGGCGGGUCCACGCGCCCCCCUCGGUCCCCUUGCCUGAGGCUGAGGGGGGGGCAGUGGUGCAGGGGCCACCCGGACUCGGCGGGCAGCCUGGGGCGGGGGGCCAUGCGGCCGGGCUCCCCCCUGGCGCAGCGGGACAGCGGCCAGGGCCGGGGGAGCAGCGGCGUCGCUUCAUGCAGCCGGGGCGGCUGGGCAGCGGCGGCGGCGGCGGCGGCGGGGGCGGCGGCUGAAACCAUGUCCGGGCAGCGCCGGGGGCUGCCGCCGCCGCCGCCGCCGCCGCCGCGAGCCGGGAGCCGCGAUGGCCCGGUGGCCCGCACCUCCUCCGCCUCCGCCUCCGCCUCCACCUCUGGCCGCGCCGCCGCCGCCCGGCGCCUCUGCUAAGGGGCCGCCGGCGCGCAAGCUGCUUUUUAUGUGCACCUUGUCCCUGUCUGUUACCUACCUGUGCUACAGCCUCUUGGGCGGCUCGGGCUCCCUGCAAUUCCCCCUGGCGCUGCAGGAGUCGCCGGGCGCCGCCGCCGAGCCCCCGCCGAGCCCGCCGCCACCCUCUCUGCUGCCUCCCGCCGUGCGCCUCGGCGCCCCCUCGCAGCCACCCGCGCCGCCGCCGCUGGACAACGCGAGCCGCGGGGAGCCGCCCGAGCCCCCUGAGCAGCCCGCCGCCCCUGGGACCGACGGCUGGGGACUGCCGAGCGGCGGCGGAGGCGCCCGGGACGCCUGGCUCCGGACCCCGCUGGCCCCCAGCGAGAUGAUCACGGCUCAGAGCGCGCUGCCAGAGAGGGAAGCGCAGGAGUCCAGCACCACCGACGAGGAUCUCGCAGGCCGGAGAGCGGCUAACGGGAGCAGCGAGAGGGGCGGCGCCGUCAGCACCCCCGACUAUGGGGAGAAGAAGCUGCCACAGGCGCUCAUCAUCGGGGUCAAGAAAGGUGGGACCCGCGCGCUGCUGGAGGCGAUCCGCGUACACCCGGACGUGCGGGCGGUGGGCGUAGAGCCUCACUUCUUCGACAGGAACUACGAAAAGGGGUUGGAGUGGUACAGAAAUGUGAUGCCCAAGACUUUGGAUGGGCAAAUAACCAUGGAGAAGACUCCAAGUUACUUUGUGACAAACGAGGCUCCCAAGCGCAUUCACUCCAUGGCCAAGGACAUCAAACUGAUUGUGGUGGUGAGAAACCCUGUGACCAGGGCCAUCUCUGACUACACGCAGACACUGUCAAAGAAACCCGAGAUCCCCACCUUUGAGGUGCUGGCCUUCAAAAACCGGACCCUCGGGCUGAUCGAUGCUUCCUGGAGUGCCAUUCGAAUAGGGAUCUAUGCUCUGCACCUGGAAAACUGGCUCCAGUAUUUCCCCCUCUCCCAGAUCCUCUUUGUCAGUGGUGAGCGGCUUAUUGUGGACCCUGCCGGGGAAAUGGCCAAAGUACAGGAUUUUCUAGGCCUCAAACGUGUUGUGACUGAGAAGCAUUUCUAUUUCAACAAAACCAAGGGGUUCCCUUGCCUAAAGAAGCCGGAAGACAGCAGUGCCCCGAGGUGCUUAGGCAAGAGCAAAGGUCGGACUCAUCCUCGCAUCGACCCAGAUGUCAUCCACAGACUGAGGAAAUUCUACAAACCCUUCAACAUGAUGUUUUACCAAAUGACUGGCCAAGAUUUUCAGUGGGAACAGGAAGAGGGUGAUAAAUGAGGCUAGAGAGGCAGAGGAAGGCUAGUCAAUAGCUAAGGAGGCUCCUUGCCUGAGUCCUUGAAUACCCCAGCUUCUGCAGCUUCACUUGCUGGAGUGCCAAGUAGAUCUCCUCCUUCAUGCAGCCAGGAUUGCCUCCAGUGCUGUUAGCUUAGGCAAACAGGUGGAUCCCACGGCAUCCCCAUGGAGGAACCAGGCCCAUCUGGGCAGCAGCAUCUGGUUGACCAGAUGGCCACCAGAACCCACUGUUCAUUCUUAUCUUCUGCUAGUUAAUAUAGCCUGAAGACAGAGGAUAAAUAGCUGUCAAUGUCAGAGACAGUGCUAUUAAUAUAUAUGUGAGUGACAAAAAAGGUCUGCUUUAUGGGGGUUCUCACUUUAGCUUGGGGAGCCAGGGUUCUAGCCCUGUAUCUGUCACGGGCGCUCUGUCUAAACCUCUGCUUGGGCUUCUCUCCAGAAUGCACUUUGUGGCUGAGUGCUCCAGGACUCCUAGGGAGCAAGGUCCUCCCUCUAAGGUGUUUGUAGUCUUCUCUUUAAAGGCCUCAUUCCACAACCCCUGACUUCCUCCCUCCCCACAUCAUGAAGGCAGAGGCAUGCACGUUCCUCACCAAACACACAAACACACACACACACACACACACACGAAGGAAAAUAAAAGCUGACACCCCUCAAAGCCUUCUUUCCAAGAGCCCUCUAAAUGGGGUUGGGUCUCACUCUUCAUGAGUAUCCUGGGUUGUGGAGAGGCUUAGCGUAUGCUCUUUUGUUCAGAUCAGGCCCACGGGGCUGCUCUAAGAGUAAAGUAAUUAUAACUGAGGUCAGAGCUCUGAGGUUGGCAGAGAUGAGUGGCCAUAUCUGGGGGUAAAAGAAGAAAUCCUGUCCUCUUGGUGGGAGGUUGCCUUACCUGAAGACCAUCUCUCCCAAGCACUGUGGUUCUGAGGCAUGUUUUUGGGUUGAACUCUGUCCCCUAGGUCCCCAGAAGGGCAAAGACCAGAGAGUUGACAAGUGUGUUAUUAGGAGUAAUCCUUAGCCAUGUAAUGGGGAGAGGAGCAGUCAUCAUUCUUCCAAUUUGCCCCGCCACCACCUCCUCGGGCUUCAUUUUCUCUAUUUAGAGAUGGCAGAGAGUGGGGUAGUGGCAAGAAAGCUGACUCCAUUCAUCAGAUCCAGUUUAUGGGCGUUGGGGUUGAGCAAGGACUGUCUGCAGACACCCCCAUCAAGGGCUGCUGAAUAAAGUGUCCCUUCCCAUCAGUUUGAUUCAAUUAAAAUGCAUCAUUUGACAUAAAGCACUUGUUCACAGAUCUCCAAAACCAGGAAUUGUUCUGGUAAAACUGGAAAUUUGUAUGAGUGGGGGGAGUUAAAUCUGUUCAGCUGUUAUUAAACUGUCAUUUCUCCCGCUAAAUGAAAACUGUGUUAUUAUAAAGCUUAAUGCAACCUGAUUA